AUGAGUGUCUUUGUCAACAACGAAGAUGAUUUAUCAGCAGAGCAUAAAGGCAAACUAACUUGCCUUGACGAACAAGUCAAGAUAUCUCGUGUCUUUCACUGCGAAGGGUUAUUGUUAUGCAUCCUGGAAGACGACCCUACUAGGGUUGUGGUUUGGAAUCCAUAUUUGGGACAAACAAGGUGGAUCGAACUCAAAGGUCCUCACGUCUUACCCGUUCUGAGACGGGUCUCUUACCGUAGGAAAGAGUUCUGUUACGGUAUCGGAUACGCAAAUAAGGGAUCUGGACGUAACUACAAAAUAUUGAGGUUUGUAGAUGGUUUCUUAUAUAAAGAAGGGUACGAUUGUUCAAGGUACGAAAUAUACGACUUCGAGACUGGUUUAUGGAAGACUCUUUAUAUCACUGAUCCAUACUGGCGUAUAACAUCUCGCUGUGGCGUUUCUCUCAAAGGGAACAGUUACUGGUGUGCUACAAAAAGGGACGAAUAUGAUUGUGGUUGGGGCCUAGCAGCCGACCACAUAAUAUGUUUUGAUUAUACAAGUGAGAGAUUUGGGCCACUUCUGCCUCUUCCGUAUUGGGUUGAGAGUCACUGUGCGACUUUAUCUUGUCUUAGAGAAGAGAAGCUCGUGGCUCAGUACGACCAAGGCUAUCCGUAUGGUUUAUCGUAUUGGAUCACGACUACGCUUGAGGCCGAGAAGGUGUCGUGGAGCCACUUCACCUACAAGCCAUAUGAUGAGUACUUCAAGUCAUUUGAUGAGUACUUCAAGUCAUACGAGGAUUAUUCAACCAUUGAUGACAUUCACAUUCGGCUUUCAUUUAAGGGUUUCUACGAAGAGAAGAAAGUCCCCAUGUUUUCAGGUCAAAGGUUGAACUGCUACUUAGUUCGCCACAUUGGAGGGGACGAAAACGGCGGGUAUUAUCAAGAAUCUAAUAAGAGUGUGCCCGGAUACGAUGAUAGGAUUACGCGACAAUGUGUGUGCUUUUAUGUUCCAAGUUUAGUGCAAAUCAAGCAACCUAAAGGGGAGAGAAAACAAAGUAAUGUUGUACCAGAACAAGCUCGGUCCAGCUUAUUUUUGUCCACCAAUAGCUUUGCCUCUCUAGCUUCUUCGGAUGAUGAGGAAUGA